CUGAAUAUUAAGACAUCUAUCGAUACGUCAGUAAAAUUUGUGACAUGUAUUGGAAACAAAAUUAGAUCAUAAUUAAUUCUAUGAUUAAAUAAACGAAGACAAAUUUUAGAGUAUGCUUAUCUAGAAUAAAUACAAUGUGAAAUAACUUCAAUAAUGAAAAUAGUUACCAUAUCGAAAUUGGUACGAUAUACUGUCCAAAGCAACAAAUUUAUAAGGUCAAGCCAGCGUAAUAGAAGUGAUGCAUGUGGUGGAUCGCACAAUAAAGAUAGCUGUGGAUCUAGUGAAAGUAAAGGAAGUUCCGGUGGCGGUUCUUUGAAGCCACCUCCCUCACCGGCGCAGUAUGAUUGUAGAAAAUAUGGCCAUAAUUUACCAAUGGACAGUGUGAUGCCGAAUUUUGAGACAUUACCUUGUAUACCCACCGGCAUAUUCCGCUGCACCGUUGGAGAGGUUCUUGGUAAUGGUGCCGAAAAGUGCUCAUACUAUCAAAACCCAGAAUAUUUUUCAUUUCACCACAUGACCUUUUAUGAUAUGCACAUGAUUUUGAGAUGUUAUCGUUUACCGAGCCCUGCUACAGGAAGAAAGAAAUAAUGAGCAUAACUGUUAUUUUUUCAAAACAUACAUUUUGAUACGAUUGUAUUAUUCAUUGGCCUUUAUAAAAAAUAUAAUUAUAACAACUUA